AUGGCUUCUUUCACUGAGUUUGCUUCUAGCUUAUUAUGUGUUGCUUAUCGCAAACCCAGAACCUUCAAUCUUCUCUCCAACAACACAAGAAUAACAAAAACUACUUUUUUACAUCGCUCUAACUCAUCUCCGGUGUCUAAACUAUUAUGCAACAACAACAUCCAUACAACACCAGUUCGCCGCUUCACUGUAGCAUCAUCAUCAACUGUAUCACCGCCUCAAACCGAUGAAGACGAAGAAGUCUCCACCGUUAUUCCACAGGAUAAUCGUAUUCCGGCGACUAUUAUCACCGGUUUUCUCGGUUCCGGCAAGACGACGCUGCUAAACCAUAUUUUGACAGCGGAACAUGGAAAAAGAAUUGCGGUUAUUGAAAAUGAGUUCGGUGAAAUUGAUAUAGAUGGCUCUUUAGUUGCGUCGAAAACAGCUGGUGCUGAAGAUAUUAUGUUGUUGAACAAUGGCUGCCUUUGUUGUACUGUGAGGGGUGAUCUUGUUAGAAUGAUUUCUGAAUUAGUCACUUCGAAGAAAGGGAAAUUUGACCAUAUUGUUAUAGAGACUACUGGUUUGGCAAAUCCAGCGCCGAUAAUACAGACUUUUUAUGCCGAGGAGAAUAUUUUCAAUGAAGUCAAGUUGGAUGGUGUUGUCACUUUGGUUGAUGCGAAACAUGCUGGUCGUCAUCUUGAUGAGGUUAAGUCAGAAGGUGUGGUCAAUGAGGCAGUAGAACAGAUAGCUUAUGCCGAUCGAAUAAUUGUGAAUAAGACUGAUCUUGUUGGUGAAUCAGACAUCACUUCUUUGGUCCAGCGGAUUAGGAAAAUUAAUACCUUGGCCAAUUUGAAGCGGACAGAGUAUGGAAAGGUGAACUUGGAUUAUGUUCUUGGCAUUGGAGGCUUUGAUUUGGAAAGGAUUGAGAGUGCUGUUAAUGAUGAAGGAUCAAAAGAAGAAGAUCAUGCCCAUAGCCAUAGCGACGACCAUAACCAUGAACACCAUCAUCAUGAUCAUGACCACCAUCACCAUGAUGAGUCACAUGACCACAAGCAUGAUCACCAUUCUCAUGAUCAUACUCACGAUCCUGGAGUUUCAUCUGUGAGCAUAGUUUGUGAAGGAAACUUAGAUCUCGAGAAGGCUAACAUGUGGCUCGGUAACUUAUUGAUGGAGCAUAGUGAAGACAUUUAUAGGAUGAAAGGUCUUUUAUCUGUUGAAGGAAUGAAUGAAAGAUUUGUCUUUCAGGGAGUUCAUGACAUAUUUCAAGGUUCCCCGGAAAGGGUGUGGAGGGCAGAUGAACCAAGGACAAACAAAAUUGUUUUCAUAGGGAAGAACUUGGAUACUAAGGAUUUGGAGAAGGGGUUCAAGGCCUGUUUACUGUAA